AAAAAAUACUAGCAAGAAAAAGACCCAAAAGGGCUUGACAUGAGAAGGGUGUCCCUUGCCCCGUCCAAAACAAGAAAGUGGCAUUACCUUAUUAUGCCUUUAGCUUAUCCAAGAAACCAUUUAUUAAAGAUUAUUCAAGAUAUGACCCAUAAUUAAUUAUACCCUUAAUUAUGGAUUAAGGAGAUAGUCAAUAGCUAUACACUGGAAUCAGUAAAAACACAGAAACCACUAAUCCCAUACCCUACCUUCUCCCUCUCUUCUACUCUAGUACUCCUAGUACUUCCCCUUCUCUCUCUCUCUCCUUUUCUUUCCCUUCUCUUCUUUAUCUUACGGAGAAGGGCCAAUAAACGCCGUAACGAGCUCUCCCUUAGAACGCCGUUACUUUCCCAAACCUCUUGACUCGCGUCACGUGCCUCUCUAAAUAUUGUUCCCUAUGGUUUUAGACCAGCAAUUAAACUUGCCACCAAAUACCGUUGACGGCCAGCCCACUAACGGCGUUGACACUCGCUCCGCUUCCAUCGAUGGCGGAGAUGACGGCAGUAAAGCCCCUAGACUCCCUCGAUGGAGUAGGCAAGAGAUUCUCGUCCUCAUCCAAGGUAAAAAAGUCGCCGAGAAUCGGGUCAGGAGAGGCCGGACGGCUAGCAUGGCUUUUGGCUCCGGUCAGGUCGAACCCAAGUGGGCAUCUGUCUCAUCGUACUGUAAAAGGCACGGGGUGAACCGGGGGCCGGUUCAGUGCCGGAAGAGGUGGAGCAAUUUAGCUGGUGAUUAUAAGAAGAUAAAAGAAUGGGAAUCUCAGAUACGCGAGGAAACGGAAUCGUUUUGGGUGAUGAGGAACGACUUGAGGAGGGAAAGGAAAUUACCGGGCUUCUUCGAUAGGGAGGUUUAUGAUAUUCUGGAUGGAGUUGGGGAUGUUUCGGCGGCCGCCCCGGGGCUCGCCCUGGCUCUGGCUCCAUCGACGGAGCCGGCGGAGGAUAUGGAGGCGGUAUUCGAUAGCGGGAGGAGCGCGGCGGCUGAAGAUGGGCUCUUUUCGGACUUUGAGGAGGCCGGCGGGAGCCCCGAAAAGGGGCCAGUUGCUGGUGCUGCUAAGGAGGUUCCACCAAUAAAGGCGGCAGCAGUGGGAGUUGCUGCUCCUGUACCCAUUUCAGAGAAGCAGUACCAACCAACUCUUCAAGCAGAUCAAGCUCAAGGUACAGCAAAUGAGAAACAGCCAGCUUCCAAUCCUGAAGUGGGUUUGGGUUCUGCCUCACAUGAGAGUCGGAAACGGAGACGGUUCACAACAGAUGGGAAUGAAGAAACGAUCAAUGUCCAGAAUCAUUUGAUUGGUGUCUUGGAAAAGAAUGGUAAGAUGCUGACUGCUCAACUUGAAGCGCAGAACACCAAUUUCCAAUUGGACCGGGAGCAGCGGAAGGACCAUGCAGAUGGCGUGGUUGCUGUUCUUAAUAAGCUUGCAGAUGCUCUUGGAAAAAUCGCUGAUAAAUUGUAGCAAAAGGCAAUCUGAAGACUGUACAUAAUGAAGCUUCUCUCUUAGUUCCAUACAAGAUAGAUGAGGUUGAAGUAUUGGUGAAUUAAUUUUGAAGAAUUUUUCUAGGAUCACAUUCAAGAUGGUUUCACAUCCUUUUUUGUUUUCUCCCAUUUUCUGAAUAUUUUUCCUUUACAUUUCGACACUUGGUGGCUCAGCGCCGCGUAUAGGGUCUAUACACAGGUAAUAAAGUUGUGGAUUUUAGAGUACAUAAUACCACAUUUUAUUACUUAUCCAGAGAGUUUAUAUAGAUCUUGAUUUCCUGUUUGAAGUUCGGGAGAUUUGUACA